AAACAGCAACCAUAAACAAAAACAAAAACCAAAAAAGACAGCAACACCCAAAAACAGUACAAAACCAAAAAACGUAUUUCUAUGUCUUCCCAAACCUCCACCCUCCUCCACCGGGGACGCUCUCCGGCCAACAUCUCCGGCGCCACCGCUUUAUUUUCUCCGGCAAAACAACCCACAUCCAUCCCUUUCUUCAGUGUUCGGUCCGUUGGGAUUAAAGAAGAACGUAAUCUCGGUGUUCGUCUGAGAUGCAAAAUCGCAUCAAAACCCACUACAGAAGAGUACAAAGAUGUGUCUCAAAAUGGUCUGCCAUUUAUUAAGGUGAAUGGUAUUGUGGAGAAUGAGACGCAAGUAGAAGAAGCUCUUGAGAAGGACCGGGAAUAUGAAAGAAUCAAGCAGCACGCGGAUGCAAUACGAUCGAUGUUGGGUUCGAUGGGGGAUGGAGAGAUUAGUGUAUCGGCUUACGACACAGCGUGGGUUGCUCUAUUGGAAGAUAAAGAGGGAAGUGGUGCACCUCAAUUCCCCUCCAGCCUUCAAUGGAUCGCAAAUAACCAGCACCAAGAUGGUUCAUGGGGUGAUAGCUCCAUUUUCGAAGCUCAUGAUCGGAUUAUCAGCACAUUAGUUUGCGUUAUCGCAUUGAAAUCAUGGAAUAUUCAUCCAGACAAAAGCGAAAAAGGACUGUCAUUCAUCAAAGAAAACAUAAACAAGCUUGAAGAUGAAGAUGCCGAGCACAUGCCGAUUGGGUUCGAAGUAGCCUUCCCUUCACUCAUUGAGAGAGCCAGAAAGUUAGAUAUUCAAGUUCCAGAUGAUUCUGAUCCUAUCUUGCAAGAGAUCUAUGCAAGAAGAAAUCUAAAGCUCACAAGGAUACCAAAGGACAUAAUGCACAAAGUGGCCACAACGCUACUCCAUAGCCUGGAAGGAUUAAUGCAUGGCCUGGAAUGGGAAAAGCUACUUAAACUGCAAUGCCCAGAUGGGUCUUUCUUGUUUUCUCCAUCCUCCACUGCCUUUGCACUCAUGGAAACAAAAGAUGACAAUUGCUUAAGAUAUCUAACCACAGCUGUUCAAAAAUUCAAUGGAGGAGUUCCCAAUGUUUACCCAGUGGACUUAUUCGAGCGCAUGUGGGCUGUUGAUCGCCUCGAACGCCUUGGAAUUUCUCGGUAUUUCAAGUCUGAAAUUAGAGAAUGUGUCGAUUACGUACACAGAUAUUGGACUGAAGAAGGAAUAUGUUGGGCAAGAAAUUCAGUGGUUCAUGACAUAGAUGACACUUCCAUGGGGUUUAGGCUUUUGAGAUUACACGGUUACCCGGUUUCUGCUGAUGUAUUUGGACAUUUUAAGAAGGGUGAUGAGUUUUUCUGCUUUGCCGGGCAAUCGACGCAGGCCGUAACUGGAAUGUAUAAUCUGUAUAGAGGUUCUCAAAUUUCAUUUCCCGGGGAAAAGAUUCUAGAGGAUGCCAAUAAGUUCUCGUCGAAAUUCUUGAGAGAGAAACAAGCUCGUAACGAGCUGUUGGAUAAAUGGGUAAUAACCAAAGACUUACCUGGAGAGGUGGGAUAUGCGCUUGACGUCCCAUGGUAUGCCAACUUGCCUCGUGUGGAGGCCAGGUUCUACUUGGAACAUUAUGGGGGUGAAGAUGAUGUUUGGAUUGGAAAGACCUUGUACAGGAUGCCAUAUGUUAACAACAACAGAUAUCUGGAGCUUGCAAAAUUGGACUAUAAUAAGUGCCAAGCAUUGCAUCAGCAGGAAUGGAACAGCAUUCAAAAAUGGUACGCAGCAGAAUGCAAGUUUGGGAUUGGGAUAGUAGGCCAAAGAAGCCUACUUUUGGCAUAUUAUUUGGCCACAGCAAGCAUUUUUGAACCAGAAAGGUCAAUCGAAAGGAUGGCAUGGGCUAAGGCUGCAACCUUAGUAGAGGCAAUUGUGGCUUAUUUUCAAAAGGAAGGAAGUUCUAGCGAGCAAAGGGGAGCCUUCAUUCGUGAAUUCAAAAACUUGGGUGGUCAAGUAGACUACGCAAAUAACCGAAGGCAAGUAUAUGUUGCACUCAUUGUUGAAUAUGAACAUGGACUCGUUGGCAUAUUGCUCCGAACCAUAAACAAGCUCUCUUUAGACACACUGGUGGUGCACGGUAGAGACAUCCGCCACCACUUACAUUGCACUUGGGAAUCAUGGAUGUUGAAGUGGGAAGGAAGAGGAGAUAUGUACAAAGGGGAAGCCGAACUCCUUGUGAGCUGCAUAAAUUUAUGUGCUAAGGCAUCGCUUCCCGUACUACUAGUGUCCAAUCCCCAAUACAGACGACUCUCCGACAUCACCAAUGGCGUCUGCCACCAACUUCGUCCUCAAUUUCAACCCAAUCAUAAGGUUCGCGAUAAGAACGACUGCAACACAACCAUUCAGAUUGAAUCAGACAUGCAAGAACUAGUGCAGUCAGUGCUUUGCUCCUCACCGGAUGAUAUCGAUCCCGAAAUAAAACAAACUUUUCUUGCAGUAGCAAAGAGUUACUAUUACAAUUCCCAUUGUACCCCUGUCACUAUCCAUUUUCAUAUUGCUAAAGUGCUCUUUGAAAGAGUUAUUUAGUUUAGGUCUUGGAUAUGAAAUUAGGUAUAUGCAUGUGUUGAUACACCAUUGAAAAGGAAAAGAAGGAUAAAGGGUCAAUCUCAACUACACAAUCUAUU